AUGGCUUCAUCGAAUGGUAGUGAGAAAUCAACAACACCAUCGGAACGGCUUGGUGCUGUCUUCGCUAAUGUAUUACAAGAGCAACUGCUCGAUGGUACAGACAAUGUAGCACAAACCGCAACCUCAAAUGCUCGAGAAGUUGUCAGUGAUUUGGAUAAUCUGAUUUUGCCGAAUAUUAUUGGUAAAUCAACAUUAACAGCUGUAGAUGACACACGUGCGCUGUCUGAACCAUCUCUAGCAGCAACAGGUGAGAAUACAAGAUUUCAUUUAAACCAUACUCGUGUUGUUUUUAAUCUAUUUAGCAACAUCCUUCGUUGA